AUGGCGUCCGUAGACAGGAGGCUCAACUUUCGCUUGUAUGUACUUUGGGCAACAAGACGCAUUCUUCCCUCUCAGGUACCCAUCAUCCCGAAUCGACAGUUCGCUAAUGAGCUAUUGCAGGAACAAUGGUCAGCGCAUGCGGUGGGAAAACACUACGACCUUGGGAAGCAGAUCCAAAAGCUCGUCGUCAUCACCGCGGCCCGCAAGAAGCUUCAAGAACAACUCGGUAUGCCUGCUACUGAGGAUGGAUAUGUUGACUGCGGUAAGCAUGCUGGAAUCGGCUUCGUCUUGUGUGUGCUCGUCGCGGGCUUACAGGCGCUGUAUCCUGAGAUGACGCGUGACUACUGGAGGGAGGAGUGA